CUAUUUGUACAGCGGUAGUACUGACGUCACCGCAGACAAUGUGAUUCCCCUGCUGUAUGCAGCCAAGAAGUACGCAGUGGCUGGCCUCAUCAACAAGUGUAUCGCCUUCGUGGAAAACCAUCUUGAUGCUCAGAAUGCUUGUGCUGUCAUGGAACAGGCACAUUUCUUCGACGAGCGAGACUUCCAGAAGAAAGUUCUUGUUGUGAUCCAGAGAAAAGCAGAGGAAGUGCUGGCUACUGAUGACGUCACCAACUUGUGCGAGGAAUGCCUCACCACGAUUGUCCAAUCAGAUCAACUUAUGACGAAAGAGGAGCUGGUGCUGUCAGCCUGCAAACGCUGGGCGGAGUCCGAGUGUCAGAGGCGGGGCCUGUGUGUCAGUGACGAGAACUGUCGGAUCAUGUUGGGAAACACUCUCUAUAUGAUUCGCUUUCCGCUGCUUGAGCCCAGCAUUUUCGUGAAAGAGAUAGUGUCAGGUUCGUUGCUUUCAGAGGAGGAGAAAGUGGACGUGAUGGGUCGAUACAUUGUCGCGUCCAGGGAGGGUACGUUCUUCAAUUCCAACCUGAGAACGAAACAACGUCACAUCCGAGUGCAUCGUUUCCAAGGGAAAAAAGAAUACGCCUUCAAUAACCGUUCUGGAAGUAAUGCCAUCAGUUUUGAGGUGAGCAAAGAUGUCUACGUGGAAGGCUUCAUUAUUUUCGGCACAUGCAGGACAGGAGAGCACGAACUUGAGGUCAAGGGUUUCAUCCUUGACCCCGCAGACAAGGUCAUGUGCUCUGUGGAAACAUCUGUCGUUACUUCCGGGAAAAAAGACUCGUAUGACGUCAUAUUUGAUGAGUCUGCGAGAGUACACCAAGGCACAAUGUACACCCUGGUUGUAGAUAUUAAAGGGUCUCACACUUUCGCCGGGGAAGGAGGCCGAAUGGCAGCGUUAAGCAAUGACGUCAUUUUCACCUUUACUCAUUCGGAGAAGUCCCUGACUGGGACAACUGUGAGUCAUGGUCAGCUGCCAGGUCUGAUCUGCUCUCUGUGAGACGUAGCGUGACAGAGUGACAAAAAGUAUCGCUUAUACGUAUAUGUAUGUAAAUGUACAUUGUUGGGUAAUUCUCCCGAAAACCUGGAUUUUCUGUAAAUUGGGCAGUAAAUCUUAGAUUUCAGCCAAACUUUUUGAAAUCGUAGUAGGUACAACUUUGAUGUUUAGCUUUUAUACUCACAGAGAGUCACAGAGCUAUAUCUUGUUUGGUUUCUUUAGAAACUGAAAUAUAAAGUGAGAUGAGUGUGCUGUGGUCUCAAACGUUACAGGACGAAGCAAUAGCGGUGAAAAAUGAAAAAUGUCGAAAUAGCAGAAAAGCAAACCAGUACUUUCUUUUAGGAAAGUUCUAUAGAAAGCCUAUGUAAUUUAGUUUAGCCAUGUAGGAACAAAACAGAUCAAUGUUAUAGGCUACAAGAGUAAGAAAACAGGGUUUCUGUCGAAAACGUUUCCAGACAAUGGAGAAAAAGAAUCACGUAUAAAAUGUAAAUCAAUCUUACUUUUUAACCCCUUCUCAGAGUCAGUAAUUAAGGCAUGAUCAUAAAUAGAGCUACAUGCAUUGCCUGGACAGAACUGUGUACAUAUGUCCUGGAACGCUUGUGAUGUUUUAGACGUCGGUGGCCUAGUGGUUAGGCUCUCGGACUCGCAACCGUAAGGUCGUGGGUUCGAAUC